GGCCUUCAUUUCCCUGAAUUUUAAGGACGUGGCCCAAUAUAUCCCACAAUUCAUAGCGCGGCAGUCGGUGUGGAUAAUUUUGCCGCAGAGACCCUGAAUUGGGAUACAGCCAUGGACUCAACAAAAGCUCAGCUACAGAAACAACCUGUCUUUGAAUCUAAAGAAGCUGCAAGAUGUGUUUACAGGAUCCCUGCUCUUCUGUAUGAGAGAGAAAGUAAAACUUUACUUGCCUUUGCAGAGCAGAGGAAGACUGCAGAUGAUGCCAGUGGAGAAAAGCUGGUUAUGAAAACAGGAAAGAUCAAGGAGGGAUCCUCUGAGAAGACGGUUGAGUGGUCAGAGCUCAAAGAGGUGGAAAAGGCACUUAUUAAAGGACACCGUCCAAUGAACCCCUGCCCGGUGUAUGACAAGAUCAACAGGAAACUUUUCCUGUUUUUCAUCUGUGUUGAAGACGGUAUCACUGAGAGGUACCAGAUAAACAGCAAUGACAACAGGACCCGUCUCUGCUACAUCACAAGUGAUGAUCUUGGAGAAACCUGGAACAAUGUGAUCAAUUUGAUGGACGAACUGAGUGAAAUAAAAAACUGGGCCACAUUUGCUGUUGGGCCAGGCCAUGGGAUUCAAACAGAGAGUGGUAAACUGAUUAUCCCAGUUUAUGCUUAUUGCAGAAGUACUGGCCACUUGCGCUGUUGUAAAUCAUAUGCACUCUCACUGUAUUAUGAUCCUGAUAAAAGUUGGAAAUUUGGUCAAACGUUGCAAUCAGAAUCAGGCGAAUGUCAAAUGGCAGAGGUUUUUGAAGACAACGGCUCUAGUUUCAUUUAUUGCAAUGCUCGCAGCUUCCACUCCUCUCGAGUGGAAGCUGUCAGUGAGAAUAAAGGUUUUACCUUCACCAAAUCCAGUUGCACUAAGCUUACAGAAACAAAGCGCUAUUCAGGCUGUCACGGAAGUGUGGUCUCCUUUCCAGCUCAAGAACAAAGUGGAACUGCACAAAGUGAUCCAAACCGAAACAAGUGGCUGCUGUUCACACACCCAACCAGUAAGUCAGACAGGAUUGAUCUCGGUGUGUAUGUGAACAAAUACCCACGUGAUCCAAAGGCAUGGAGCCACCCCUGCAUCAUUAAUGAUGGAUGCAGUGGUUACUCAGACCUGGCUUACAUUGACGAUGGCUGGUUUGCAUGUCUGUUUGAGUGUGGGCAGCACAAAAUACAUGAGCAGAUAGCCUCUGUUGUAUUUAGCUAUGAGGACAUCACCAAGAAAUAAACUGAAGAAUAGAAAAUAAAUAAAAGGAAUGAUCUGUAUUCAGGUGUGUAGAUGAAUAGAUUCAUAUGUAUAUGUGCACGACUUCAAGUAGUAAGUGUUGCUUUGUAUGUAAAAAUCUUUAAUUGCUUGUUGCAUGAGAAAUGAAUAAGAAAAUUGAGAAGCUUGUAGGAUUACCACUUUUAAAAAAAUACCUUAAUAAAUUGAAGGAAACAGAAAGCAAUUUCUCCUGUUAAACAUGGAUGCUGUUGUGGAAGUUUUCCGUUAAAUAAAGCCUGCAGACGAGCGGUGAGCGGUAGCUAACAUUCUUUAAUCAAAACACACAAAGAACAGACAACCAAGCUUGGUGGAGAGCCUAGAUGACCGCGGGGCAGAUGGUCAGCAGAGUCUCCCUGAACCUAACAUGGCUCUCGGUUAAAUACCUUCUCCCGGAACAAAAGGCAGCACACAGCUGUUUCACACCUUAAGGUUCACACUCCCUUGCUACCUCCCAGAGUCCUCAAAGAGACAAAAGAUUCUUCCUGUGGAGUUGUCUGCUUC